UAGCUUUAUUGAUCCCCGCGCGGAGGCCCCUCCCGUGUCUCCCUCCCACAUUUCUCAUCCUCGCACCGCAUCCUUGUAUUUUCGUUUACAUCUCUAUCUACUGUUCAACAAUUCUGGUCGCAAGUGCUGAAGUGGUGUCGUUGUCAAGUUGUAUAACUUUAAUGAGCCUCUGUCCUCAUUUUUGCCUGCUCGAGGCUUUACAAUUCUCUCUUCAAGUGCGAAAAGUGUUCGCUGGUGCCCGGAAGUGACGAGAAAUUUUGAUUUUCAUUAAUUUUAUUUCGUCAACCUACCGUUAUUCUAAUCGACGAAAGGAUGUACUUGCUCAAGAGUCAUUACCCAGUAAAACGGAUUUGUUCUUUGAACAAUGCUUUGCCCACUUACUCAACAGGUACACAGAUUGUGAAUCUCUCAACCGGAACCAGCAAGUCAAAACCGCUAGUUCCAAACGAGCCAGCAGGACCCUCUGUUGUCAGUGGCAAGAUACCAGGACCGAAUUCUGUAAGACUUCUACAAGAGCUAAACAGUAUCCAGCAAGCAAACUCUGUCCAGUUAUUUGCCAACUAUGGUCAAAGUGUGGGAAAUUAUCUUCUGGAUAUGGAUCAGAACUGGAUACUUGAUUGUUUCACCCAGAUCUCAUCAAUUCCUCUAGGAUACAAUCAUCCAGAUCUCUUGAAAGUAUUUGAAAACAGCAACAAUGUGAAAACCAUGCUCAACAGACCAGCUUUGGGCGUUUUUCCAGACGGAGAAUGGCCCACAAAAAUAAAAAAAGUUUUACUGGGAGUUGCACCAAAGGGGCUCUCAUCUCAUGUAACAACGAUGAUGUGUGGAUCCUGCUCUAACGAAAAUGCUUUCAAAAAUAUUUUCUUUUGGUAUAGAAAUAAAGAAAGGGGCGAUUUAUCAGAUUUUCCACCUGAGGACAUAAGUUCUUGUAUGAAAAAUCAGUCUCCUGGCUCUCCAGAUUUGUGUUUCCUUUCAUUUGAAGGUGCAUUCCAUGGACGUACUUUAGGAGCUCUUUCUACAACAAGAUCAAAAUACAUUCAUAAGAUUGAUGCUCCCUCAUUCGAUUGGCCUGUUGCUCCUUUUCCGAAGUAUCAAUACCCAUUGGAAACAUAUCAGUCGGAAAACAAAAAGGAGGAUGAAUCCAGCCUAGCAGCGGUUGAUGAGUUAUUUGAAAGCCAGCGGAAGAAGGGAAGACCGAUUGCUGGAGUCAUUGUCGAGCCAAUUCAGGCGGAAGGUGGUGAUAAUGAAGCUUCACCAGAAUUUUUCCAAAAAUUGCAAGCGAUUGUGAAAAAAUCCGAAGCAACCGUAUCGAGUUUUCAACACAUGGAUGGGUGAUCCAUCUAAAUUGCUGAUAUUGGAAGAAGUGCUGAAUGUGAUUAAACGGGACUCAUUACUUGAAAAUGUGCGUAUAACAGGGGAUGUACUGAAAUCAGGACUUCUGCGCCUUGAAGAGAAGUUUCCGCACCUGGUGAAUUCCACGAGGGGUAGAGGCACCUUUCUCGCCUUCAACGCAGCUUCAACAAAACUUAGAGAUGACAUUGUUGCCAAUCUCAAACAAAAAGGAAUUCAGUCAGGAGGAUGUGGUGAGUUAGCUGUUCGUCUGAGACCCGCGCUAGUCUUCCAACCGCAUCAUGCGAAUAUUUUCCUGGAUAUUCUAGAUCAGGUUCUGCAAAAUUCCAAUAAAUAAAGUCCGUUGCUAUUCUUUCAGCAGGAUCUUCAUUUCGGCUCGUUUCUUUCAUUGAACCUGAGUUUUUGUCAAAUAUGUCUAUGUGUAAUAAUAAAUAUCGCAAUUUAUUGCAACUUAAGCGAUUACCUACACCUUGACGAUAAGAUUAAUGCUGUAAGCGGCAAAGUGUUGCGUGCGUGGGUAUUACCUACUUACUAAUUGAAGGAACGCCUCCGCUUGAACUUCAUAAAAUUGAAAUAUGUCGAAAUUGUUCUUUCCAUUCCAAAGAGCCUGUAGGUACCUACCACUUAAUAGCCUAAUAAAGCCUAAUAGGUACUCGGAGCUUACCUCAUUGGUGUAUGAAUCGGCAUUUGUUGACCAAAUCAUUACCUGAAAAUGGUUCAAAUUCAUGAUAAUAAAAAAAGAAGAAAAUACUCGAGCAAUUUAUCGCAUUCAACAGUAACUAUAUUUCAAUAUUUGUGUUGUUUUGUGUUACAGUACAUCUGUCUUAAUAAAUUAGCCUUAUCCUUUUUAAUAAGUAUUUCUUGCGAAAGGAAAUGGCUACGAGAAAUUAUAAUUUUACUGGGGAUGAGAUUCAAUCUUGGAAUUGAAGGCAUGUAAGCUUCUGAUCAUCAUGAUGGACUUAAACUGGACAUGACAGACAUGAUGGACUGUAUUUAAAUUUUUUAAGAACCGCAAGCUCAAUAUGGUGGACUUAUUUUGAAAUCGAAGGUUUCAAAAUGAACGAUUUCUAAGCUAAGUUAAGAAAUACGUAUGUACUUUAAAACAUGAAUAUUUUUCCCUAUUUCUAUCUCCAUUUUGUUUACAGUGCAAGUUCAGAGUUCUUAAUGAUAUCCUUUCUUCCGACAGAUAUUAUUAUUUUAUUACAAUCACAGCAACCAAGUCUUCCUACUUAAGUCUUCCAGUCUAACAUAAAGACUGCAAUAUCUAUUUUAAAACGCUUUAAUGUAUAUUAUUCAACUUGUUUUUUAUUUAUUUAAUUAUUUUUUAAUUAGGGACAUUGACUUGACUCAAAUUUGUAACUUUUGAAGUCUUGCUGACACACAAACCAAGAUAAAAUAUAAAAUUUGUAACAUUUAUUCUCUGUUGUAAUUUAAAAUAAAACCUUGAUAAAACAACCGAA